AUGAUUUUACCGUCAAUUGAAGACACUUCAACAGCUGGACCUAUAAAAACUGCCACCCAAUUUUUUCAUUUGAAUCAACUUACAACAGGACUUGAUUUAUUCGAUAAAAAACAACCAAUCGUAAUUAUCGGUAUUCAUGGGUGGCAACCAAAACUAAUACAACCAUUUGUAAAAUUAGAUUCUAAAAACUUCUGCGUGAAAAUGGCUGAAGCAAUCCGCCGAAAGCUGAACUUAGGUCCAAACGAAGGCGAUAUUACAAGUAUUGCGUUGGAUGGAUACGGAUUAGUUUUAAAGCGACGAGAUACUUUCUUGAAGCAAAUACAAGGCAAUCAGAUGAACAGCGAUAAAAUCAAAAAGGCCAAAACUUUGUUCGUUGUUGGACAUUCGCAAGGAGUUCCCGUUAGUGUUCUUUUGUUGCAGCAAUUGAUUGAAGUCGGAUUAGUCGAUCCCGAUCAACAAAAGAUUUGUGCUUGCUUGAUGGCGGGAAUUUCGCAAGGACCGAUUUCGAGAUUCGAUCCUGCAAAGAAACUUGCUGAAAUACUCGAUGAUGAUCAAUCAGAGGAGCUGUUUGACUUUCAAAAGUCUUCGUCACUAAUAUCGAGGGAAUAUCGUAAUGCUACAAUUAAAAUAUUAAAACGUGGAGUCAAGAUUAUAUAUUUUGCUUCUGGAAAUGAUGACAAAGUGCCACUUCAUUCUGCAUUAUACUCGAGUAUGGAUCAUCCAUCAAUUGAGCGUGGGAUAUAUGUCGCCGAUUCUAUAUAUGAAGAAAAAAAAUUUGUGGCAGAUCUAGUGAGAAUACUUAUCCGACUCCGAAACAAUAAUCAUUCUGAUCAUGGUCUAUUGGUUCUCUUGAGUGAUUCUUUAAUUGGAUACUUAAAAGACCAUGGCCACGCAGGUUUAACCGUAGAACCCGAAGCCUAUGAACACGCGGUCGAUCAUUUAUAUAUGUCAAAAGAAUAUAAAGGCGUCGACGCAAAAUUCAUCGAUUUUGAUUACACAUUACUUGCAAAACCACGUCAAACUUACAUACCAUGGGCAAUGCGCGGUCUAUUAACCGACGAAAAAACAAUCAUUACUGAGAAGCUUAUUCCUGAUUUUAAUAGCUUACGACAAAACUUUAAAACUUGGUCGCCUAGCCCGUUUGACUCAGUAGCGAUGGAAUUGAAGUGUAACUUACAGCCAUUUGGAGAUGAUACAGAGGAACAGUAUUUUGAGGUGUACCAGAAUUUGUCUACGAAAUUAUAA